GGUAUCCCACUUGCUUAUUUCUUUAUUGAAUCCAACAACCCACACCAAGAGUCACUUGUCAAAUCUCUUGAACCAGUUGCUUGUGAACACAAGGGCAAGAUCAACUUUGUCUGGAUCAAUGCCACCAAAUGCGCUGAUCAUGCCAAAUCUCUCAACUUACAAGACAUUAAUUGGCUAGCAUUUGCUAUCCAGAACAUUGGUGCUCGAAACAAGUUCCCUCUUGAC